AUGGUGCAGUUAGGAUCUAAUAGGCUUACCAAUUCUAGUAUUGGCAAGCGGAGUAAUUCGACCGUCACUUAUCCGUACGGGUGGACCGCCAACGGUGACUUGAUCAAUUCAAGUGAGUGGAUUAACAGCUCUUAUGAGUGGAUCACCGCCACCACGGAACAGUCUGGACCUCAUCAGUGGACCAACUCUGGCGCUAAUUCUAGUGAGCUGAUCGGCUCCACUGACGGUUGGAACAACUCAACUGAGUGGAUUAACUCCACGGUGGAACCAGGUGGAUCAUCCCCGCGCCAGUUUCCCCCACCACCUCUAUACCUGUUCAUCAUCAAAUUCAUCGUCUGUGCCGUGUUCCUCUUUAUGUCGUUUUUUGGCAACCUGCUCGUCUGCUACGCCAUGGCGACGACAAGAAAACUGCGCAGUUACAACAACUAUUAUCUCUUUGGCCUUGCAGUGGCCGAUCUAGUCAGUGGAGGGGUUGUACCUUCCAUGUUGAACAUCAUCUGGCUGGUCGACUACUGGCCAUUCAGCGAAACUUUCUGCACUGUGUUGACGUUCGCCAACCACGUCUUCCUCCACGCCACCUUCCUGAUGACUUUGAUCAUUUGUAUCGACAGAUAUCGAGCUCUGUACCACCCCGUCAAGCACAUGAAAGAGAAGACCUUGAGACACGCCUGUUUGAUGAUGUCCAUCGGAUACGUCAUUCCAGUCUUGGUCUGGACACCACUGAUUGUGGUGCUACCUUACGCCGGAGUAACGGAGAGGAUUCGCCCGCCCCUCUGUUACCCUUCGUACGGCCUACACCCAGGCUUGCUAAUCCUGGCUUUCCUAGCUCUCUCAUGGGUGCCGAUACUGGCAACUACAGUACUCUACGCUCUUGUGUACUGUGCCAUCAUUCGCCGGGCUAGGGAGCAUAAAAAACAACAAGUGGGUAAGGAGACCUUGCCCAUGGAAUCUCAAACUGUGAUUAGGAAAACCUCAAACAGGAAAGUCAACAUGGAAUCUUCUCUAAACUCGCCGUCUGAGAGUGCCCCUGCUACAGGAAAUCCAGAUGCCGAAUCGUCUUCGAUGCCUCCUACUACAUCCACAAAGAAGUCCUCCUGCAUCUCAAUAGGGAGUGUGAACCUAGCUUUUAACGAAGAGAAGGGGAGAGAUAACAGUUCUAAAGCUAAGACCGGAGAAGGAGAGCCAAUCAGCGAGACUGCUCUCAAAUUUCAAUCGUCUUCUAUGUCUCCUGGUACAGACAUAGAGAAGUCUUCCUGUGUUUCAAUAGGGAAUGUGAAUCUGGCUUUCAAGGAGGAAAAAGCGAAUGGGAGCAUCAGUGGUGAACCUCAGACAAGACAAGGAGAGCCAAUCAAUAAGACUCCCAAGUUUCAAGCGUCUUUGAUGUCGCCCAGUACAAACAUCAAGAGGCCUUCCGGUGUCCUAGUUGGGAAGAUAAAUCUGGCUUGCGCUUCUGAGGAUGAAGAGAAUGAGGACAUCAGUUGUGAACCUCAGACAGGACAAGGAGAACCCAUUCAGGAAUCUGCUCCCAAAUCAGCUCCGACUGCGAAGCCGCGUGUCGCGAAGAACAUCGGCCGCAAGGCGAGCCUUGUGAACCUUAGAGCGACCCGAACCCUGACGUACAUCUGGGUAGUGAUGGUGGUAUCCGGCAUGCCGUGGUCUGUCUACGCAUUGAUAGGGGCUGUCGCUCCGGAGCAAACCCCAGAUACAGACACAGGGCUCUUGUCUUUCUUGGCACAUCUGAGUAGCGCAGCCAACCCGUUCUGUUACGCCAUCUGCAACCCUCUUUUCAAGAGAGCCUUCAAGCGUAUCCUCUGCUGUCGCCGUUGUCGGAGCUCAACCCGAGCAAACGGGCAAGAAAUGGACCGGCGCGCCCGGUGA